AUGGAGAACACAACGUCUGUUUUCAGCGCUACAUUUGGCCCAGUGAUGACGACAGAGUCUCAUCAAUCGACAUUCAACCCUUCUGUAAAGGCCAAGAUUGUUUUCUGCAUAGAGCUCCUCCUGGCGGUUGUGACUGUUGGAAUGAAUGUCUUUAUCCUGUUAGCGUUCCACAUCGAGAAAAAAUUGCAGACCUACUCCAACCAAUACAUCCUCAACAUCACCAUCUCCGAUAUUCUCGUGGGGUUUAUCAUGGCUAUUCGUAGUACCUUGGCCCUCUAUGACAACUGGAUAUUUGGUACAUCCCUCUUUUAUGUCUUUGUCGGCGUCCAGAACACCCUCCUUGGGGUCUCUGUCCUCGGUGUCAUUGCGAUUUGCAUGGACCGUUACGUUGCAACCUGGUACCCGAUUCAACAUUUCAAACGAAAGAACAAAAGGAUCGCUCACUUCGUCAAUGGUAUCACCUGGCUGUUGUCCAUCUCCUUCUGGAUACCUAUCGCGACAAUUUGGGACUUGGUAGAUGGAGUAGAAUCGAAUUCACAGAGUAUAGUCUUCAGCCCAAAUUACGGUAAAAACGUAUAUUCUAUUGUGGGCGUUACACUCUGUCGAAUGAUCAUUCCCUUUGUUUUGAUAGUAACUCUUUACGGAAAGAUUUUUCUUCGAGUCAAAACCAGAGGCAGCAAAAAACUUUCUAAAAGAUUUAAUCGCAGUCUCAAAGUUGGAGUUGAGACUGGAGCUAUGGCUACAAAGGAGCGUAAGAUGAACCCUUCGGUUUGUUGGACAGAACGUCAAGAUCAGUUGAUUGAAGAGAAUAACUGUGCGUCUCUAAAGAAAGCAUGCAAUACGACUCAAAACCAUUUCGCUGAAGUCUCUGUCAAUCUUAGUGAACAAACCCAAAUUCAGACCAAUAGCAGGGAACAUCAUGCAAGCAUUGUUGAUAUUGCAUCGUCGUCACAAGAGAAGACACAGCAGAUAACAGAUCAAAGAAUAACGACUGUUUUCACGGCAAAGUCGUCAAUUCAGCAAAACCACGGCAAAGCUCGUCAAGUACCAUCUUCUGAAAACAGUAAAGUUAUGCUGACUUUGACCUUCAUCAUAAUCGUUUUCAUUGUGACGUGGUUACCAAAUGCCCAAGCAAUUGCUUACGAUCUCAACAAUAGCGACGUCACGCCGGUGCGAACAUCAUUCAUGGGAGAACAAAGGCCUACAAGUGAGAACAUGGCGUCAGAUGGUGAGGAAAUUAAUACAACUGACCAAGAUCUUAGUACCCAUUUGGUGGAGAUCAUCAAAGAAUUCCCCAUAUUGAUUGAGAAAUGUCAGCUGCCGCAAGCAAAGGAAAAGAAAACCCUAGCUCUACAGCAGGCAAAGAACACGAUCAUGGCCAGUAUUGGCAAGAGGAUGGAUGAAAAACAAAUUAUGAAAAAAAUUGCCAACAUGAAGACAAGCCUCAAGAAGAAGACUGACACUAAUCAAACAGAAUAG